CAAAGUCAAGGACAUCCCUAUAGCGGCAAUGUAAACAAAAGUGAUGGAUUUUGAAAAAAACUGCGAAAUUAGCUUAUUCGAUCAUUAGAAUUGUUCAUCUCUUUGGAAUUCUAAAAAGAUUCGUGCAUCUUGAUCAUAUUCAAAACCGAAAAAUAAAGAAAAUGGAACUUACAAAAGAACUUACAGUUGAAAGAAUACCAACGCAAACUACAAUAAGCCUUGCUGAAAAGGAAGGUUUAGAUGUAUCUGAAUAUAACGAAGAGGAAUUGACUGAAAUAUUAAUCGCAAAAUUAAAAGAAAGAAUCGAUAAGGGCAAUAAUCAAGCUCGAUUUCAACUUGGUCAAUUAUACUUUGAAAACAAAGAUUAUGUAACUGCAAGGAAAUAUUUUGAAGACGCUGUCGAGUGCCACAACGAUUGGCAGGCGAAAUUUCAAUUAAGCGUUAUCUUGUAUGAUUGCAUGGAUAACGAUGAAGAGAAACAUAAGGGACUAGAAUUGAUGAAAUCAAUUGCUGAAUCGACAGCUCCUUCAGCUCAGCAUUUAGUAAGGCUUGCUCAGUAUAACCUUGGUAGAGCGUAUUAUCAGGGAUUUGGAACUGAUCAAUCGGAUACUGAAGCAGAGAAAUGGUGGCUUUUAGCAGCAGACGAUGGUAAUCCAGCGGGAAGUGUUAGAGCGCAAAGCACAUUGGGUUUAUUUUAUACAACGCCUGAUCGUAGAGAUUUAAAAAAAUCCUUUUUCUGGCAUUCUGAAGCUACCGGAAAUGGUAGUUUAGAGUCUCAAGGAGCUUUAGGAAUGAUGUAUCUCUUAGGAAUGGGUACAAAAUCAAAUGCAGAAAGUGCUUUUAUUUGUCUACGUGAGGCUGCUGAAAGGGGUAAUAUUUACGCUCUGGCAAAUUUAAUUGCUUAUUAUUAUAAGAGAAAGCUAUUCUCCAAAGCAGUUGAAUUAGCUGCAAGACUAGCCCAGGUUGAAGAUCCCGAUUCUAUAGCUCAAGACACAAAUACUCUUCCGAGUUACUGCCGUAAAGGCUUAGCAUUAGCUUCAUAUUACUAUGGUCGAAUGCUGCAAUUAGGUUUAGGGGUAAAGAAAAACGAACAAGAAGCAAAAAACUAUUACUCAAGGAGCUUUCAAUUUGAUGCGGAUGUGUGUGCUAGGAUGCACGCGAGUAUGGUACAUGGCGAAAUCUAG